AUGCGCGAAAAGAGCAUUACUGAAAACAAUACCGGUAAUAACGAGAUGCGGAUCUGUCUGGAUCCGCCUUUAAGUUCAAAGAAAGGAGGUUUCCUCGGCGACCUCGACAGAACUGAGAGUUUGUCGGUUCCACCCUAACCUGGUCUGAAUUGUCAUCGGCUCACCUGUAAAGGAGCCGAGGAAUUUGAAGAACAUUUUUGAUCGGUGAUACGCGAAAAUUUUGAAAACAACAUGCAGAUGUAACAAUGAAAGAGAAAAAGAACAGAUGUCAAAGUUGUUAUAUGAUUUGGUGAUAGAAUAGUUGAAAUAGCGACAAUUUUAAAGUAGAAAAUGUAAUUCUUUUCUCUUUUGGAUACUGGAUGUUACAGAUAACUGGAGUGUGUUGAGCCUUGUAUUAGGCUCUGGGGAUAAAAUCCUGACUGCCAAAGAUAUUACAGUCAUGCUUCUCUAACAGAGACUUACUUAUUGUUUAUAAUUCAUUGAUCAGUUUUGUUCUCAAUUGUACAUACAAAAACCAAGGAAACAUGCAUGCGCGUGCUGACACUUCCGAGAGACGAUUCGAGAUACAGUGUAAACUCGAGUCAGAAAUUGCUGCUUUGGAUGCCCUAAAAGAGGCGGAGGAACGCAGUCGACGAUUAACGAGUGGAGUAGUAGGAAUACUCUCUUCCUUGGAGGAUCGUUUAGCUACACUGCGACGUACAAUACUUCCUGUUUACAAUGAAACUGGAAAUCUCCAAGCUCAACAACAUAAUAUAGAGAAGACUUUAAGCGUGCUGGAUCAUGCUAUUGGAUAUUAUGGCGUAUGUCAAGAGGUAGAAGCUGUGGUACGUGCUGAACCAAGUGGGCCUAGUGGUUUGGAUGGUUUUCUUGAGGCUAUGAAUCGUCUCUAUAAUGCUCAGCGGUAUUUCCAAAAAAACAAUCCUAGUUCCGUCGAGUUGCAAAAUGUCACAGGUCUCUUCUCGAUUGGCCUAGAAUCGCUUUAUGCCGAAUUCCAUGAUAUUCUCAAUCGUCAAAGUAGACCGAUCCUUCCUAUUGUGCUUCUGGAUCUCAUCGGCUCCGACGAGGAUACCAGCGGCGAAGACGCGCCGCAAUCUCUCUGCCAACUGCCCGAGAGCGUGAUGAGCGAUCUGCUCAAGAUCGCUGGAUGGCUCGAGGAAAGGGGUCAUCGUAAACACACAAAGAUGUACGCUUCCGUACGUUCUGUAAUUGUUCUGAGAUCUUUGCUGCUGCUUAAGGAACAUCAAAGGAGCGCCAGCGGUGGUAGCACCCACGGUGGAAGUCCUAUGCCUCGAGCGAAAUUUGCUAACCGGCACUCUCUGGAUGGUCAGGAAAAUGCAGGCCGUAAGGCGUCGCGGCGGUUGCAACAUGCGUUGGAUAAAGCCAACAGAAUGCUGUUGAAAGCGUCGCAAACAACGAGACUGAACCUGGCUCUGAACUCGGUCUCCAGAAAACCAACGCUGCAGCUCGCCCCAUAUUCGAUAGAGGAUGCAGCGCCAGACGAACAAGAAAUGGAGAAUUAUCUGCUGCUGGCAGCUGGCUUGCACAAGCUCAUACAAGCCGAGCGCGCGCUGGUUGCGAAAAUACUGCCGGCUUCUUUACAGGCACAAGUACUUGAAGCUACCGUACGCGAUGCUAUGGACUUAGUAGCUCAUGACGGAGACAGCAUAGCCACGCGUGCCAAACGUUGCAUCACGAGACGCGAUUUUUCCGCCGUUCUCGUGGUUUUCCCGAUUCUGAAACAUCUCGGCGAGUUAAAGCCCGAUCUCGAAAGGACGGUUGAAGGUUGCGAUUACGCUCUCCGCUCGAAGUUCGCAUCCGUACUCGAUACAUUACACACAACCGGUGCUAAAGCUUUGGAAGAAUUUGCAGAAAGCGUGAGAAAUGAAUCCGGUGCGGGUUUGCCAAAGGAUGGUACCGUGGCGGAGGGAACGAGCAAUGUCCUAGUCUUUCUGGAACAACUAGCUGAAUACGCGGAUAUGGCAGGUGCCGUUCUUCGACGUAAUCUUUUCACAGAUCAAUCUGCACUGUACUCAAAAGAUCCGGAAAAUGUACAUAAAACAGUUCUCGGUGUAUAUAUCAAAAAGGUUCUUGCUCAAUUGAAUCUAGCGCUAGUGAGUAAAAGCGACGCGUCUUAUUCCGAUCUCGCUUUACGAGCUUUAUUUCGGCUGAAUAACCACAAUUACGUGGUUAACGCUCUCUCUCGAAGCUCCCUUAUGGAACUGCUCUUACUGGCCGAGCCGAGUGCGGAACAAACGUACCAUGAUCUACUUCUCAAAGACAAAAACAAUUACGUUACCACGACGUUUGCCAAAGCCCGAUCGUAUCUCGCAGAUGAACCAGAUCUCGCCGCCAAAAUAUUGAAGGAGAAGUUCUUGGGUUUCGCGAGAGAACUCGAGGAAGUGACCAAGUGUCAACGUUCUUACUCGGUACCUGAUAGAUGUUUGCGCGAGGAGUUGAGGAAGGAACUGCGCGAGGCGAUCGUGCCGCUGUACACUGCGUUCCAUAAUAAAUACCGCGGCACAUCGUUCUCGAAGAAUCCGGCGAAAUACAUCAAGUACACACCUGAUCAAAUAUCGGCGCUGAUCAACACGUUUUUCGACACCGCCGCAUAAUAAUGUAUGUACACGUGUAUAUUGUACUGAAGAUCUUUCUUCUCGACAAGGAGAAUUAGCAGAAUGUUUAAUAAACACCCAUUUAAUAAAGCAUAUUUAGUUACAAUA